AUGAAAGUCCAAGUUGUAUCAGGCGCGUGUAUUCAUAAGGCCUCGCUGCCGGGAGCGCGCGCGCCCAGCGCCGCCCCGCCCGCGCCCGCCCACACCUCCGCCGCCUGCACGGACCACGCGCGACCAGCGUGGCUGGACCAGCUGGGUACACAUGAAAUGAAAGUCCCAGUUGUAUCAGGCGCGUGUAUUCAUAAGGCCUCGCUGCCGGGAGCGCGCGCGCCCAGCGCCGCCCCGCCCGCGCCCGCCCGCCCCCGCCGCGCGCCCGCCCACACCUCGGCUGCCUGCAGCGACCAUGCGCGUGUAUUCAUAAGGCCUCGCUGCCGGGAGCGCGCGCGCCCAGCGCCGCCCCGCCCGCGCCCGCCCGCCCCCGCCGCGCGCCCGCCCACACCUCGGCUGCCUGCAGCGACCAUGUACGGGACCAGCGUGGCUGUACCAGCUGGUGACGUCACAUGUUGA